AUGUUUUGUCAGCCUAAAAGUGCUAUAGAAAUAGCCAACAUGACCCGGGUCCAGGAGUUCAUCCUGUUGGGCUUGUCAAUGAGGCCAGGCCUACGUGGUGUCCUCUUUGCUGUGUUCCUGACCCUCUACCUGCUGACCCUCUUGGAGAACACCAUCAUCGUUCUGCUCAUCUGGAGCCACACGGAGCUCCACAAGCCCAUGUACUUCUUCCUGGGGAACCUGAGCUGCCUGGAGAUGUGUUAUGUCUCAGUCACGGUGCCCACCCUGCUGCUUGGGCUGUGGUCAGGGCCAUGCCAUGUCCCCUUCAUGUCCUGCAUGACUCAGCUCUUCUUCUUCAUCACACUUAUCUGUGCUGAGUGCACACUCCUGGCCUCCAUGGCCUAUGACCGCUAUGUGGCUAUCUGUCGUCCUCUCCACUAUCCAAUACUCAUGAGGCCCCAAGUCUGUCUCAUGCUGGCCAUGGCCUCAUGGAUGGGCAGCCUUAGUGUCUCUGUGAUCAAGACAGUCUUCAUUUCUGGGCUUUCUUACUGUGGCCCCAAUGUCCUCAACCAC